CGCAUUGAAGGAAACAUGGCAGCGUCCAUAUCGCAGCAGCUAGCGGAUUUAUUGAAUCCUUUACCGAAUUUCGCGGAUCCGGAGGACGAUCAGAAUGAAGAAACGAAAGCCAAACUCGUAGACAAAUUUGAUGAAGGUGGUGAUGAAGCUCUUCAGCCUGGAGCUCUGCGAAAACAAAACGCCACAUUCCUGGCGGAUACAGAUAAACGGUACCGUGGCAAAGUGACUUCACGCAAGGAGCUACGCAUCGAGUUAGAGGGCUCUGAUGAUUACGAGGAUGAAGAAGAAAUAGGAAAUGAACUGGAUAAACUGAUGGGCGGCGAGGAAGAUGACGGCGAAGACGAUGGAAGCGACGACGCUGAGGAUGAAGAAGAUGACGACGAUGAAGACGAUCUCUCGGAAGACGCCGACGACGGCUCACAGGUCUCCAGCUUGAUCUCGAAGAUGAAGAGUGCUGACCUGACGUUCCCUAAAGACACCGACUUUACCAAACUCACCGAGGGGAUGGAUGACCUGGGAGAAAGCGAGGACGACGACAAUGACGAUGAGGAGGAGGAGGAAGACAGCAAUGAUGAAGUAGAGUCUGAAGAAGGCUCGGGAGAGGAGGAGGACGAUGACGACUCCGGGGGUGUCAUGACCUUCUCAAAGGAAAAGGUGGAGGAAGUGGUUGAGAAGGGCAAAGCCGUGAAAAAUCAGCUCGCUCUUUGGGACCUGUUACUGGAAGGACGAAUCAAAAUGCAGAAAGCCCUGCUGACAGCCAAUCAGCUUCCGCAACCGGACACCUUUCCAGAGUUCAGGAGUAGAGGAGGUGCGGAGUUCGCCGGGGCGCUGAAGAACAGUCACAAAGCCCUGAAAGCUCUGCAGAGAUCUUUAGUGGAGCUGCAGGAUCUGCUGCUGUAUCAGAACCCUGAAACAAGAAGCAUCACACUGAACAAAACACCCGGAAAAGAGAGUAAAUCAGAACAAGAUGAAGAGAUAAACAGUGACGAUGCGAUUGAGGAAGACGACGAUGAAGAAAGGCCGGUGGGUAAAAACGCGCCCCCUAAGCGGAAGCUGGACGUGGCUCAGUACCCCGAAUUCAUGGCCAAGCGCUUUGCAGCAUUUCAGCCAUAUCGAGACGCCACCCUGCAGAAAUGGUACGACAAGACACGGCUCACCACCGGCAAAACCAACAAGGGUUUCGGCUCAUUCGAGAGGAACAUCCUGACUCAGGUGGAGCAGGUUCUGAUGGAUAAGGAGCGACUGUUGAGACGAACACAGACGCGCAGAUCUGAUUACAGAGUUCUGGGUAAACCAGAGACGACCGCCGUCACCGCACAGUCCAGCACCACAGAGCCUGAGGCAACUGACCAAGCUCUGAAAGCUAAUGUUCACCUGAAGGAUCUGGAUGAGGAGAUCUUCGACGACGAUGACUUCUAUCAUCAGCUUCUUCGAGAGCUGAUCGAGCGCAAGACCAGCGCAGCCGAUCCUAACGACCAAGUCGCCAUGGGCAGGCAGUGGCUGGCCAUCCAGAAGCUCCGUAGCAAGAUCAAGAGGAAAGUGGACACCAAAGCCAGCAAGGGCCGGAAAGUCAGAUUCCACAUCCACAGUAAGCUGGUGAAUUUUAUGGCACCUAUUGACCGCAGUACCAUGAGCGACGAAGCCCGGUCGGAGCUGUAUCGAUCUCUGUUUGUAUCUUAUCCCGGCUGCUGAUACCCAUCAGAACCCAGGAGGGACGAAUCCUGGAUCAACAUACCAAGUCCUUCCGUACAUCGCAGUGCGAGUGCUGCACAUCUGCUGCAAGCCAAAACAAUCUGGACUCACAGAUUAUUGGUUGUUGUUAAUGAUCGAAAGGAUUUGUCAUCUCCUUCUGUCGUCUCCUGUCUUCUGUAUUUUUUAAUCCUGAUGCUCAGAAUGUCACAUUUGAAUCUGAAUUUUUAAUAUAAAGUGCCUAUUU